UGAGUACACCAGUAUUCGCUCAGUUUCAGUUUACUCUAAGCGCUGGUGUUCUUGAACUGGAAGCUUCUUUUAAAUUAUCCACUGAGUUUUUGGUCAUACCACAUCCUGUUCAGUUCGACAGCAAUUUGAACAUGGUGUGUAGUCACUGUCCAAAGUGAGGAGAGUCGGACACUUUGUAAGGUUAUUAGCGGUCCUCUGAGCUUUGGCAGACGGUUGAGCAGAUAUGGCGGACAAGGUGCAGGCGCUGCCGUACUUUUUCGGCAACAUCACGCGAGAGGAGGCGGAGGAGUACCUGCGGCAGGGAGGAGCGGGGGACGGCCUGUACCUGCUGCGCCAGAGCCGCAGCUUCCUCGGCGGGUUCGCUCUGUCGGUGGCCUACGGUCGCCAGCUCUACCACUACACCAUCGAGAGGGAGAUGAACGACACCUACGCCAUCGCCGGUGGGAAAUCUCACAGAAACCCCAUAGAUGUGAUCGACUACCACUCGCAGGAGUCCGACGGGCUCAUCUGCCUGCUGAAGAGGCCCUUCAACCGGCCCCGGGGCACCGAGCCUAAAGUCGGGCCCUUUGAGGACCUCAAGGAGCAGCUCAUUCGGCAGUACGUCAAACAAACCUGGAACCUACAGGGUUCGGCUCUGGAGCAGGCUAUCAUCAGCCAGAGGCCUCAGCUGGAGAAACUCAUCUCCACAACGGCUCAUGAGAAGAUGCCGUGGUUCCAUGGCAAGAUCGACCGCGAGGACUCAGAGCAGCGGCUGCUCAGGAGCUCACACGUCAACGGCAAAUUCCUAAUUAGACAAAGAGAAAACAAUGGCAGAAACGUGUCCUAUGCUCUGUGUCUCCGGCAUAAUAACCAAGUCAUGCACUAUCGCAUUGAUAAAGACAAGGCUGGCAAACUCUCCAUUCCUGACGGGAAGAAGUUCGACACACUUUGGCAGCUGGUAGAACAUUAUUCGUACAAGCCUGACGGCCUGCUCCGAGUGCUCACCGAGACCUGCCCGAGACCGUCACAGGAUUCAGGCCUAGGUGCCACAGGUGGGAUUCUCUCCAGAAUCAAAUCAUACUCCUUCCCCAAACCUGGCCAAAAAAAGGGUCAUAUUGAAAAUCCAUAUAACUUCAGAUCAAACCUCAGAGGUGAACUUCCUAAGCCUAAUAUCUUCAACAACACAGAGGCUAUGCCAAUGGACACACAGGUGUACGAGAGUCCAUAUGCAGAUCCUGAAGAGCUGCGGUCAACGACAGUGAAGCGGAGCGACCUGACUCUGGAAGAUGGAGAGUUGGGCUCAGGCAACUUCGGCACAGUCCUGAGAGGAGUCUACCAGAUGAAAAAGACACAGAAGAUUGUCGCCGUUAAGAUCCUGAAGAACGAGGAUAAUAACGCGGCGGUGAAGGACGAGAUGCUGCGGGAAGCGAGCGUCAUGCAGCAGCUGGAUAACCCGUACAUCGUUCGCAUGAUCGGCAUCUGUGAAGCUGAGAGCCUCAUGCUGGUCAUGGAGCUCGCUGAGCUGGGGCCCCUGCACAAGUUCCUCCAGAAGAACAAACACAUCUCUGUGAAGAACAUCACAGAGCUGGUUCAUCAGGUCUCUAUGGGAAUGAAAUAUCUGGAAGAGCACAACUUUGUUCACAGAGAUCUCGCAGCCAGGAACGUGCUUUUAGUCACUCAGCACUAUGCCAAGAUCAGCGACUUUGGACUCUCUAAAGCCCUGACAGAAGAGGAGAACUAUUACAAGGCCAAAGGUCAUGGGAAAUGGCCGCUGAAGUGGUACGCUCCCGAGUGCAUGAACUACCUGAAGUUCUCGUCCAAGAGCGACGUGUGGAGCUUUGGAGUCCUGAUGUGGGAGGCCUUUUCACUCGGACAGAAACCGUACAAGGGUAUGAAAGGAAAUGAAGUCAUCCAAAUGAUCGAGAGUGGAGAGAGAAUGUCCGCUCCAGCCGACUGCCCGCCUGAGAUGUACGACCUCAUGAGGAAAUGCUGGACAUACAGGCCGGACGAGAGACCUGGAUUUUCAGUAGUUGAACCCAGAUUGCGGCAUUAUUAUUAUGACAUAUCUCAGUGAUGAGCAAACAUGUACAAUUACACAGCACAGUAUUUCAAA